AUGGGUUCGUUAGGCGCGAGCGUGUUCUUUCUUGUGAUGUUAGUGCAGUUUCAAUUAAUCGUGUCGAAGCCAUUCUUUACUGAAUUAUUCUGCGAUCUCUUCUGCGACGACGAUGACGUCACGUCCACGUCUACUACGACCAGCGCCAGCACCGAAGACGACUACUUCGGCUUUGGUGAUUGGUGUUCAUGUGCUCCUACUACGAGACGGCCUAAUGCCAGAGGGAACCAAGGAAAUUUACCGGCUGCUAUUAACAUGAUCUUACCUCCAUCCAACGGCAUGAAUCUCAGCAUGGUCAACAACAAUGGUUUAUGGACUUUCGAUUUGAAUGCUGUACCAAACGGUCUUGGAAACAACCCUGGCAAUGGUCCCACUACAUCCGCCCCUACAACCGCCGCCGGUUCAACGCCUGCAGCGACCACGGCUGCUGGA